CAUCUUCAAAUCCAACCUGAAAACCCUAACCCUAGAAUUCCAUCACUUUUAAUAGAAACCAAGAUCCUCACUGACCCAUCACCAGAAACACUAGCCCUACCAAUACCCACAUCCCCAAUUCCACUGAUUUUGAUUCUGACCCAGUACCCAGAUAUAUGCCCCAAUUUGAAGAAACCAUUAGAACCAACUCAACUCAAUUAUGGGAGCUGAGAAGAAGAAAUGGCUGCUCACCCUCUUCUCCGCCACAUUGCUCUCCCUCCUCCUCCUCCUGUUCUCCUCCAUCUCCGCCUUCAGCUCCCCCAAAUCGUUCCCCUCCGUCGUCCACCACGGCGCCCACUCGCCGCCGGCGUUCGCCUACUACAUCUACGGCGGCCGCGGCGACCGGGCCCGGAUCUUCCGGCUGCUGCUCGCCGUGUACCACCCGCGGAACCGGUACCUGCUGCAUCUGACGGCGGAGGAGUCGGAGGAGGAGCGGCGGCGGCUGGCGUCGGCGGUGAAGGCGGUGCCGGCGGUGAGGUCGUUUGGGAAUGUGGAUGUGGUGGGGAAGGCUGAUCGGAUCACGUACAUGGGGUCGUCGAAUUUGGCCACGACGUUGAGAGCGGCGGCGAUUUUGUUGAAGGUGGAUGAGGGUUGGGACUGGUUCGUUACUUUGAGUGCUGUGGACUACCCACUUGUUACUCAGGACGACCUGUCUCAUGUCUUCUCCUCUGUAAGACGGGAUCUCAAUUUUAUUGACCACACCAGUGACCUUGGAUGGAAAGAGUUGCAUAGGAUCCAGCCAAUUAUUGUUGAUCCAGGGAUCUACCUAGCCAGGAGGAGCCAAAUUUUUCAUGCUACAGAGAAGCGGAAAACACCAGAUGCUUUUAAAAUAUUCACAGGUUCCCCUUGGUUUGUCCUGAGCAGAUCUUUUCUAGAAUUUUGCAUUCUUGGUUGGGAUAAUCUUCCCCGGACAAUGCUCAUGUACUUUACAAAUGUGAUUCUGUCGGAGGAAGGAUAUUUCCAUUCUGUUAUAUGCAACUCACCAGAGUUUAAGAACACUACUGUGAACAGUGAUUUAAGAUACAUGAUUUGGGACACUCCCCCAAAAAUGGAGCCCCACUUCCUCAACACAUCAGUUUAUGAUCAAAUGGUCCAAAGUGGAGCUGCUUUUGGUCGACAAUUCCAGAAGGACGACGCUGUGUUGGACAUGGUUGAUGAAAAGAUCCUCAAGCGGGGGAAAAAUCGAGCUGCCCCAGGGGCGUGGUGCUCUGGUUGGAACAGCUGGUGGAUGGAUCCUUGCUCUCAAUGGGGGGAUGCCAACAUCAUGAAGCCUGGACCCCAAGCAAAGAAGUUUGAAGAAUCGAUUACUAACCUUCUUGAUGACUGGAGUUCACAAUCAAAUCAGUGUAAAUGAAGAUACUUGAACCGAAAAGUAGAUCUUCAGACUUUUGGUGCGGUUUCCUUUGAUUCCAAACUCAACGGUUAGCCUUGGAAAAAUGCCGACAGCUGAGAUGCAUUCAUUCUUUUUUUCUUUUGAGGCCCCUUCAGUCACAGCUUGACUAUUGUUUAUAACAGGGGCAUAGUAGCAUAGUGAAUUCAGUCGGGGUGUUGGGCUAUACUUACACUAUUGUAUCAUGGCCGCCAUUCUUGAAGGUAGAGCCUCUACUCACAGCCUUUGUAAUAAGAGGUUCUCUCCCCUCUUUGAUGGUACUGCCUUUCUACUUGUGAUUCAAUUAGGAACACUGUUUGAUUAUUGGAACAGAAAACUUCAUUCUUUCAACUUUAUUUGUGUUUC